CCCCUCUCCCGCCCUCCCGCCCGCCCUCUCUCCCUCCCUCCUUCCCUCUCCGCGCGCCGAGGCAGCAAUUACGCUUUGGGGAUAAAACGAGGCGCAGAGAGCCGGCUGGGGCAUUUCUCCCCGAGAUGGCGGGUCUGGGAUCUGCAGCCCGGCGGCCCGGAGUCCUUCUGCUCCUGCUGUGUAUCGCCCACCCCUCGCAGCCUGGAGGGGUCCCGGGGGCUGUUCCUGGUGGAGUUCCCGGAGGCGUCUAUUACCCAGGUGCUGGUCUCGGAGGUCUGGGAGGAGGAGCUCUGGGACCUGGAGGCAAACCGCCCAAGCCAGGUGCUGGUGGGCUCGCAGGCGGUGGCCCUGGGGCAGGGCUCGGGGCCUUUCCAGCAGGCACCUACCCAGGGGCUCUGGUGCCCGGUGGAGCGGCGGGUGCUGCCGCGGCCUAUAAAGCUGCCAAGGCUGGGGCUGGGCUUGGCGGUGUCGGCGGCCUUGGUGGCGUCGGCGGCCUUGGUGGUGUCGGCGGCUUGGGAGUGUCUACAGGCGCGGUGGUGCCUCAGGCCGGAGCCGGAGUCGGAGUCGGAGCCGGAGCGAAGCCCGGGAAGGUGCCCGGUGUGGGGCUGCCCGGUGUAUACCCAGGUGGAGUGCUCCCAGGCACAGGAGCUCGGUUCCCGGGUGUAGGGGUGCUCCCUGGGGUUCCCACCGGAACCGGAGUCAAGGCCAAGACCCCAGGUGGAGGUGGAGCUUUUGCCGGAAUCCCAGGAGUCGGACCCUUUGGGGGCCAGCAGCCUGGCGUCCCGCUGGGGUACCCCAUCAAGGCACCCAAGUUGCCAGGUGGCUAUGGACUGCCCUACAGCACUGGGAAACUGCCCUACGGCUAUGGGCCCGGAGGAGUGGCUGGUGCCGGGGGCAAGGCUGGGUACCCGACGGGGACAGGAGUUGGCUCGCAGGCUGCAGCAGCAGCAGCAGCUAAAGCAGCAAAGUAUGGUGCGGGAGGAGCCGGGGUUCUCCCCGGUGUUGGAGGCGGCGGCAUUCCCGGCGGGGCCGGCGCAAUUCCUGGGAUCGGAGGCAUCGCAGGGGCAGGGGCGCCGGCCGCUGCAGCAAAGGCUGCCGCGAAGGCAGCUAAGUUCGGAGCUGCCGGAGGCUUGGUGCCCGGUGGACCAGGCUUUGGCGGCCCGGGAGUUGGGGUCCCAGGUGUUGGGGUCCCAGGUGUUGGGGUCCCAGGUGUUGGAAUCCCAGGUGUCGGAAUCCCAGGUGAGCUGGGCUGCCCUUGUGUCAUUUGUGCCCCCUUGGUCUCUCCAGGAGCUGUGUCACCAGCUGCAGCUGCUAAAGCAGCCAAAUACGGGGCCAGAGCCGGAGUGGGUGUUGGAGGCAUUCCCACUUUCGGGGUCGGGGUCGGUGCUGGGGGCUUUCCUGGUUACGGUAUUGGAGCUGGAGCCGGAGCCCAGGCAGCAGCCGCGGCCAAGGCAGCCAAGUACGGUGCUGGAGGAGCAGGAGCCUUGGGAGGGCUGGUGCCAGGGGUCGGAGACGGAGUGGCAGGUGUCCCAGGCACAGGAGGGGUGCCAGGAGUAGGGACCCCAGCGGCUGCAGCCGCCAAAGCCGCCGCCAAAGCCGCCCAGUUUGGGUUAGGCCCCGGCAUUGGCGUGGGCCCCGGCAUUGGCAUUGGCCUCGGUGGUGUUACAGGAGCAGGGGACGCCGCUGCGGCUAAAGCCGCCGCCAAAGCCCAGUACCGGGCUGCAGCUGGGCUCCCUGUUGGCGUUCCCGGCUUUGGGGCUGGUGCUGGUGUUCCCGGAUUCGGAGUUGGUGCCGGCAUUCCUGGAUUUGGAGCUGGUGUUGGUGUUCCUGGCUUUGGGGCAGUACCUGGAACCCUGGCUGCAGCUAAAGCCGCCAAAUAUGGAGCGGGAGGGCCCGGGGCUCUCGGAGGAGUGGGUGUCCCAGGUGGUGUGGCAGGAGCUGGACCUGCGGUCUCAGCCGCUGCUGCCAAAGCUGCCGCCAAAUUGGUACCUAAGCACCUAAAGCCUCAAGCUGGAUUCGGUCAUACCAUCUCUCAGCCCCCCCCACCUAUUCCCCACAUCUGGGACACCUGCGGAUGAGAAGACCCCCACUGGGAACAGCGCUCUCGCGCUUGUGGAAUUCAUCCAGCCAUCUGUCCAUCCGUCCAUCCAUCCUUGUCCCCAGCUGACCGCCCAGCACCGCUAGCUGGCUGGGUGCCCCCACCAUCAACCUGGUUAACGUGUCCUGGCGACCUGUGCCCUGCCUCCACCCCGCCACACACACCCCUACGAUGGGGCCUGAGCACCCAGGGUGUGAGGAGCUACACCAGCUGGGGAGGCAGGAAUCUCCUCCCCGACCUGGGUCCCCCCCCAUGCAGUACUGUAUACCCCCCGUCCUUCCCUCGAACCACUGUACCCACUUCAGAGCAUUUCCCACCCCUGCCCCGCCCGUUUCUUUGUGUCUCGCUGUGAUAGAUCAAUAAAUAUUUUAUUUUUUGUCCUGGAUAUUUGGGGAUGAUUUUGGAUUGUUGAUGUUCUCCUGGUUUUAUUUUCGUGGUUAAUUGAAAAAAAAAUUUUUUUUCUUCCGAUCUGGGAGCUAUAUUCCCCAGGAGAAGAUUCAUCUUAAUCACUUUGGUAUAACUCUGGAUGAAAACACAUACCUUUUUUUUUCCUUUUAAAUAUGAAAAGAGAAUUAACUGCUUAAGAAAAGACUAAUAAAUGAAAACCUUUUGAAGGAAA